UUUCUCUAUCACUCUGUCCCAACCUACUCUGGAUUCAUUGGGAUUGCUCUAACUACUAAGCACGGGGGCAGGUUUUUUAGUACUGGAUUAUUGGAUAUAUUUAGCGGAUACAUUUUUAACAGCACUGAAAAGGAUUUCUUGCUACAUCAGAGGGCAACCUGUACUGUCUUGCUCUCAGGAUGUCUAGAAUGGUGUUGCUGUAGUGGAGAGGACCACCACCGUACCAUCUGCAGACAGUGACCUGGCCAGUUAAACACCAUGCCUCGCUUAAGUGUCAGUCCCAGCUCAAAGCCUAACUGUAGCCCUGUCUGGCUCAUCUCUGUUCUCCUGGGCCUCUUGGCUAUACACACUAAUGCCAAAGAUGUCCUUACUGUACCCCAGCAGGUGAUCCUGUCAGCCAACAUGUAUACACAGCAUCUAACCAUAUCCUGGCUGGGGGGAGCAGCCACAACCUUUGACCUCAUGAUUCUAAGAACUGAACUCAAUGAAACUGUCUUCUAUGAGACGGUGUCUGUGACGAUGAAUCAGGUGAGUGGUCGGCACCAGUGGAACUGGACCUCAGUUGAACCUCUCGAGUGUACCUCGCUGUCGAUCAAAAUCCGCUCACGAGAUGGACAGACAACAAGUGAAUGGAGCAACACUCAGAUACUUCAAGGAAGUGAUCUCCCGAGCAAUGAGAAAUUCCAGAUGUACCCCCAGGACAGAAUUGUACCUGUGGGGGCCAACACCACCUUCUGUUGCAUUGUGGAAGAGGGGUUGCUAUUUGGUACCAUCCGCUAUGGCAACACAGUCAUGAACACAACACGGCUAAGUAGGCGAAGUUUUGCCACUACAGUGGUUAAUCAGGAACUUUCCGGCGAGACGGGAACCAACGUCGUCUGUUUUGACAACCUGAGGACAAAGCUGACUGGAGCAGUGGUGUUUGUUGGAUAUCCACCACUGCCCACUGAUUUUGUGUGCGAGACUCGUGACUUAACCUCAGCUGUGUGCCAGUGGAAGGAACAACGAGACACGAACUUGUAUAGAAAACGAGGAACACGCUACUCGCUGAACAAGAGGAACUGUACUUUGAGCAGCCCAGAGGAGAAGCAGAAAGAGUGUAGCGUGGCCCAGUGGGAGGGUAACUUUACACUGGUAGCUGUAAACCCUCUCGGCCAGUACAGCCUCACUGAUUCUGCUGAGAUCAAUCACAGAGUGCACCCAGUUGCACCAGAUAACCUAACCUUUGUUGUCCAUGCCUGGAAUGCCACUGUGUUGUGGCAAUGGGAGUACAAGAGCUAUUCCUCUUUGGCUCUUGACUGCCAGGUAGAGCUUGCCUCCCAAGGAUACAAAACAAGGGGUGGUGUGAUCAAUAAUGAACUUUUCAUGUCAUCUUUUUAUUGCUCUGUUUCAGUAGAAUUGUCACUUAAUUGCAAUUACAAAACAGCAGCAGUAGUUUUUUUCUUUUUCAUUUUUUCUUUUUCAUUUGUUUUUGCUUCUCUCGUUCCAGAUGCUCCUGAUGUGUGGAUGUGGAUGAACAAAGACUACACUGGGCAGGUCAUUUGGAAGCCUCUGACACAAAGACAGAGCCAUGGUCUGAUCACAGGUUAUGAAGUUACUCUCUGGAGCCCAGAAGUAAAUUUCCAGCACACAGAAUUGUUUUCACCGGACACUUAUGCUGUACCAGUCAACCUCACCCAGAUCGCUACCCGUAGCAGUGACAACAAGGUCAUGGCAACCGUCAUUGCAAAGAAUGCUGCUGGGGUGUCUCAACCUGCAAGUGUACUGAUACCUUUACGUCUGACAGAUGUGGAACCCUUUACUGUGUCCAGGGCAGUUUAUACCGACAGAGGUUUCCCUCUGUUCUGGCAGCGCAAUCCCAACGACACCUGUGCUUAUGUGGUAGAAUGGUAUGAAGCUUCCUGCAAGUGGGACUGCCCUGUGGAGUGGAUCAAGUUGGCCGCUGGAAACACUAAUGUCACCAUUAAGUCAGCCAACUUGCAGCCGGGUGUGAGGUACAACAUUUCCCUGUACAGUAGCUCCUCAGAGGCCCCAGAGCUGCUGCAGCAUUGGCAGGGAUACAUGCAGGAGCUGGUCCCUUCCAGUUCUGUCCUCCUGUCAACCACUCAGCACGACUCUGAUAUUGUCCUUACCUGGAGAGAGAUCCCGCUGGUCAACAGAAGAGGCUUCCUCCUGGGCUACAACAUUUACAUCAGUGGUGGCUCCCAGCUCACACUUCUAGCCAAUCUGUCAGAUCUAGAAAGCAGGAGCUACACAGUAAAAGGUCUCUCUCAAGGCCUCUAUAACUUUACUGUCAAGGCCUACACCUCAGCAGGCGAGGACAAAGGCACCACUGCUUCCAUAACGCUGGAGCCAUACACGGAUUGGCUGAUCCUGGAAAUCUUGGCUUCCCUGGGAAUCAUAGCCUUACUCCUGGCCGUUGUCACCUUCAUUUGCUACAAGAAAAGAAAAUGGGUGAAAAAGGCGUUCUAUCCAGACAUACCUGAGCCCAAGCUGUCUGGUGAUUGGUCCAGGUCACAGGGGCCGUUGAAUGUGAAGCCAUCUCCCCACAGUUUGGUCCAUAUGGUAGAAAAGCCUGAGUGGGAUUCUAGUAAAGAAGUGCUCGUUGUCAUUCCUGAAGAAGACGAGUUUGAAGGAGACGAGCCAGUUGACACAGAUGAGCCAACGUCAUUACGCUACUACAACCAAGUGGUAGAUGAGCGGCCCAUAAGACCACGUUUCCCAGACUCCUCAGAUUCGUCUGCAUCUUCUUUGGAUUCAGCAUGCACCGAUGUGACGUACACCGGGAUCCAGACCUCAGGGUCUUCUUUGGUCUUCCAGCUGGAUCCACAGGGCUCUUCUGAGGGCCAACAACCCCAGGCUGAUCUGUCUGUCUGUGGAGGAGGAGGAGGAGGUUACCGGCCCCAGAUGCAAUCUAGAGCCCCAAGUGAUGACAUAGGCCUAGCAUCACCUGAGCCUUUCCUAGAGCCCCAGGCUGCCAGUGCUGGGGGCUACAAACCCCAGAGCUCCUGGCAUUUUGACUCCCCCGUAGAUGCUGGGGAAAGUGGGGGGCUGGCACUGUCUCUUGGAUCCCCCACCUCAGUUGCUUCCACUCAGUUCCUCCUCCCUGAUGGAGAGGAACGUGCAGAGGAGCAACGACAGCCGUCAUCAUCGGCAGCAACCUGGUUCACCAACCUACUGUCAUCCACAAAACCAUGAUAUCAUCUCUCUCUCACUAGUAGCAGCCAGGCCAGGGGGGGGGGGGGGUUUAACAUAAAACUUUCAGAUUCAUUACUGUGGCAUGACUCAAACAAGCCUAUCAGAGGGGUAAAUAUCCCCUCUGAUGUAGCACUACAUUCUUACAGCUGUACUUUAACAACAAUAAUGCUAUUUAAGGUGUUAUGAUGUAGUUAAUUUUCUCGGUCAUGCAAAUUAUAAAUAUAAAUUGGUUAAAGAUGCACCGAUAGAUGUCCGCGCUAUUCUUGCACAUGUAGGGAACCUCGUGAAUUAACCUGCAACAUGUCGGCUGUUUGGAAAUUCUUCAGCGUGUGUGCAGAAGAUAACAAGUUUGCAAUAUGCAACACCUGCAAGGAAAAAGUAGGGUGUGGAAGGACUACACUAAAAACCCAAAUCACAUUUUUUUAGUUGGAUGUGAAAAGAAGGAAAUGGUUCUAACAUUGCACUUUAGAUGUGUGUGAAUUUCCAACACCAGGAGUAAU